AUGGAAAGAGUUGUUCACGCAAAACUGGCUACACAUCUUGAUCAGUUGGGAUUUUUGUAUCCGCAUCGGUAUGGUUUUAGGCGUCGGCAUAGUACUGUACAGGCGAUAGAACAAAUGAACAAGUGGGCGGUUGAAGCCAUGGAAGAGAAAGAACUCACUGGCUUUCUAUUUGAUGAUAUAUCCAAAGCAUUUGAUUCCUUAAACCAUAAAGUUUUAUUGGGAAAGCUAGAACAUAUCGGAUUGUUCAGAAGUGCAUUGAAAUGGUUUAAAUCGUAUAUUGUAGACAGAUGGCAAUGUGUGGGUGUUAAAGGAGAGUUAUCAGAAACCCUUCACAUCGACCUUGGUGGCACUCAAGGGAGUAUCAUGGGCCCGUUAUUAUUGAAUGUUAUAUAUGUAAACAGUUUGUCAAAAGCUAGUGCAAAAAUUAAAGUGUCGCAUGAAUUUGUAUACUGA